UUCAAGAUUUAGCCAAAACCCAUUGCUCUCGAGUUUAGCGAUCAUCGGGUCGUUCUUCUCAGCAGAGUCUCUCCUCCAUCUUCCAAAGGUUCUGGAUAUGAAGUUCGAGAGAGAGGUCACUCUAAAGUCAUUGGCUCGCCAAUUCCAACAUGGGUUUAAGACGCUUUCUCGUUCUUCAAGACUUCACAUAUCUGUAGCUGGUCUUCUGGGUAUUGCUGGUCUCGUUUUGGCUCUCAAAGACUCCAAAUUGGGCAAACUCAGCAGCUUACAGUGGCUACCCAAGAACGAACAUGGUGAUCCCAAGUUGCAUUUGGUACCUGGGUUGCAAAACCUUGGGAACAAUUGUUUUCUGAACGUGAUUUUACAGGCUCUGGCUAGUUGUUCAGACUUUCAACCUUUUCUUCAAAAGGUUUUAGAGGAGUCUGAGUUCUUAGCAGUUGAGGAUUCCGCAGAUUGCGUGCCGCUUACAAUAUCUUUGGCUGCAUUGUUAGAAGACCUAUGCGCAGUUGGUGGAGGAAGAGUUGUAUUGAGUCCACGGCGAGUGAUGCUUGCCAUAACACAUUACAUUGAGAACUUUGAUCUAACAAGCGAGCAGGAUGCAGCAGAAGCAUUUCUUCACCUUCUGUCCUCUUUAAGAGAAGAAUUCUCAGAUUUUUAUUGUCCAACUCAAGGUUCUAUAGUGGAAGUCUUAGCCUCUAAUGGUAGGAUUAUUACUCCAAAGAGAAUGGAGAGCCAAAGUGAGCAGGAAAGAUGGCAGCAACGCUUCUUUGGACCAUUUGAUGGAAUUCUUGGCAGUAUCCUAACCUGUCGAAGUUGUUCAUCGCAGAUAUCAUUGAAUUUUGAAUCUUUUCACAGCUUGCCUCUUUUACCAGUGCUUGAUGGUGGUGCUACAAUUAUGGCUGGAUGUACCUUAGAGGAUUGCCUGAAGCAGUUUACUGCUGCUGAGCAAGUUGAGAAUUACCACUGCACCCAUUGUUGGCAUAUUGCUGCAGUCAAAUAUUUAUUAUCUAUGGGAGGAAAUGAGGCAGCAAUUGAAAAGAUUGAGAGUUGCACUGAGCAAGAUUCCUGUGACUGUCAAAGACUUUUUCAUCUAGAAUCACUACCAUGGUCGAAUAGAUUUUCACGCACUCUAAAGCAAAUAAGUAUUGCUCGCUGCCCAAAGAUUUUGUGCAUUCACCUAAAACGUGUUUCAAUCAAUGUAUUUGGGGAACUUGUAAAACUUCAGGGCCAUAUUUAUUUUCCAUUGGUUUUGGACCUUUUAAGUUUCAUGACAAGUGGGGUGGGAAUAAAGCAUUGGGAGAAAAACCGGAAAACAGGGCGAGUCCAGCUACAAAGAGAAAACCCUCGGCCCAAUCAUUUCAAUUUAGAGUAUGAUCCAAGAAAGUUAAAUAUUGUCCGGGGACUAGCAAGAGGAAGCACCUACCAAGAAGAAUUAGCUUCAGAUGUAUCUCAGUUCACUGCAAAUGCACAAGAUUCAGCAGGAGAAUUCAACUUUCCCCCAACUGGAGGCUUUCCAAAAACCAUGCCUACAGGCACAAACCAGCAGAAUAGGACUUGCGAAUUGGUUCCUUCAGAUGCUUGUUUGUACCGUCUUGUUGCUGUUGUGGAGCACUUCGGAAGAGCUGGAAGUGGGCAUUACACUGUUUAUAGAAGUGUGGGAGCUGAUUCAUGUAUGGAAGAACCUGAUGAUCAAUUUGACCCCUCUAGUGCCCGCUGGUUUUCUAUUUCAGAUUCAGAGGUGUGCAGUGUUUCAAAGGAACAUGUUCUUGCUGCAGAAGCUAGCUUGCUUUUCUAUGAAAGGUAUCAAGGCUAGUGUAUCUAAAAAAUCAUGUUAUUCCCAGUAACGGAAACUGCAUUUUACUCCAGAACGCUCAAAGCUGAUGCCUCAAAUGUGACUUUAGGAAAAAGCACUUUAAGAUAGCAAGGGCAAUGCUGAGACUUCAGCAACUUGAGAGGGCUACAAAUGUCCAAGUAGUGAGGCUAGUUAUUUGACUACAGAAACCUCAAUUUUGAAAUUGUGACAAGGGAAGUACUUGUCUUAAUUAUACCUCAACAGUUGAGUACGUGAGUUCUUAGCCAACCAACGAAAGGAAAAACGCAGAAUUUUUAACAAUCUUCAACUGAAUUGUAUGCUAUUUGUGAGUUUGUUGAAGCCUCAUUCUUGUAUCAUCUGCUGAUAGUAACCUGCAAAAUUUGUUGCAGUUGCUUUCAGUAAUGUAUCUUACUUUUCCUUUGAUUUUAACUCAUUAGCCUUUUAAAGUUUAGAUUCA